AUUCCAUUUCUAAUUGUAUCACAACCACACUCCAUAUUUAUAAACCACAACACACACCUAAAACACAAACAAAACUACUUUCUCUUCUCUUCUCCAAAUAAGAAGAAAUUAACAAUGGCCAAAGAGAGAGAAAAAAAGCUCUUCUCAUCUCUAUUUGGAAGCUACGCCGCAGAACUUAAACUACUUGUAACAACUCUUCUUCUCUUAUGCGGUGUAGCAACUUUCCUUCAGUUCAUUCCUUCACGUUUCACUAUUUCCGCUUCCGAUAUUCGCUUUUGCAUCUCCAGAGUUACCCAAACACCCCCUAACAACAUUACAAAAACAAACAACAUCACUGUAACGGAAAAACUUACUUCCGUUAUUCCACCGUUAACUUCUUCACUUCCAAAUCUCCCUCCACCGCCUCCACCGUUUGUUGCCGACGUUAACAAAGAACGUGUAAUAGAAAAUGGAAUCAUCAAACGCGCUUUUAACCCUUACGGUUCUGCAGCUUAUAACUUCAUCACCAUGGGUGCUUAUCGAGGUGGCUUAAACACUUUCGCCAUUAUCGGCAUAGCUUCAAAACCACUUCAUCUUUACAGUAAACCGACUUAUGAAUGUGAAUGGAACUCCGGCGCCGGUGCCGGCUCCGGCGUCACCACCGUUGGUUACAAGAUCCUCCCGGAUUGGGGCUACGGUCGUGUUUACACGGUCGUAAUAGUAAACUGUACCUUCCCGGAGCCGUUAAACGCCGACAACUCAGGCGGGAAGUUGAUUCUUUACGCUUCAACUUCCGGCGGCGGUGAUACAAGCUUAAACACCACCGAUAAAAUGGAAGUUCUCGAAGAACCAAAAGGAACUUUAGAUUUAUCGAUUUUCACUUCGAAACCUAAGUAUGAAUAUUUAUACUGCGGUUCAUCACUUUAUGGUAAUUUGAAUCCACAAAGAGUUCGAGAAUGGAUCGCUUACCAUGUGAAAUUUUUCGGUCCAAGUUCACAUUUUGUGAUACAUGACGCUGGUGGGGUUCAUGAGCAAGUUUUGGAGGUGUUAAAACCAUGGAUUGAACUUGGUUAUGUUACUUUACAAGAUAUUAGGGAUCAAGAGAGAUUUGAUGGGUACUAUCAUAAUCAAUUUAUGGUUGUUAAUGAUUGUUUACAUAGGUAUAAGUUUAUGGCGAAAUGGAUGUUCUUUUUUGAUGUGGAUGAGUAUAUUUAUGUUCCUCCAAAGAGUACUAUUAAAUCAGUGCUUGAUUCACUAUCAGAAUACUCUCAAUUUACAAUUGAACAGAUGCCAAUGAGUAGUAAGCUUUGUCUCUCUGCUGAUUAUGGAAAAACAUAUAGGAAAUGGGGAAUGGAGAAGCUUGUGUAUAAAGAUGUGAAGAAAGGGAUUAGAAGAGAUAGAAAAUAUGCAGUACAACCACGUAGUUUAUUUGCAACUGGUGUUCACAUGUCACAGAAUUUAGAUGGAAAAACAACUCACAAAACUGAAGGGAAGAUAAAAUAUUACCAUUAUCAUGGAACCAUAGCUGAAAGAAGAGAAUCAUGUAAAAUGUUUACAAAUUCAACAGAAACCACAUUUGACAAAACACCUUACAUGUUGGAUACAACCAUGAGGGACAUUGCAGGUGUGAUUAAGAAAUUUGAGCAGAAGAUGAUUGGAAACAGGGUACAGAAGACAACACAGCUAUGACAGCUUCAUAUAUUUUAUUUUUUUAUAAACUAUAUAAAUAUGAAUAUUAUUAUAUAACUUGUGGUAGAAUAGAAAUUCAUUGAGCGGUUCUUAUUUUAUUUUAUUUGUUUUUAUUACGUAUAUUUACAGAUGGGUAUAUGAUCAUGUUCAUUUUUAAUGUC